AUGGCGACCAAACCAGCUAAAGAAGCCGUGCAAUGCUUCGGAAGGAAGAAGACAGCAGUUGCUGUGACCCGCUGCAAACGAGGCUCUGGUCUGAUCAACGGUUGUCCAAUCGAGCUUUUCCAGCCUGAGAUUCUCAGAUUCAAGAUCUUCGAGCCAGUCCUUCUCCUCGGGAAGCACCGUUUCGCAGGUCUACGUCAGAGUAUCACCAAGGCUCUCGUUGCUUUCUACCAGAAGUACGUGGACGAGAAGACGAAGAAGGAGGUUAAGGAUAUUCUUAUUCGUUAUGAUAGGACUCUUCUUGUGGCGGAUCCGUGGAGGUUUGAGCCUAAGAAGUUUGGUGGUCGUUGUGCUCGUUCUCGUUCCAGAAGAGUUACCGUUAAUCUUGGUUUUGUUUUCAGUUUUGUUUCGAUUCGGAGUGAUCAUGAGUAUGGACUUGUGACACUUAAGAGUUUCAUUUUCAGUUUCGGUGCUUUAUUUGGUUAA